AUGGCGCAACGAUUCGGCGCUUCGUCGCUUCAUCAGCGUGACUCGCGUAGCGCUCUCUUCGAGGGAUACAAUGGCGACGCAGCCUCGCGACGACCUGUCAGCGCAAGCCCCAACCGAGGAUAUGGCUACGGCGGAUACGGCGCCCCUUCUCCCUCUCCUCUAGGACAGGGUGGUUUCGACAGUUCACGGCCCGCUUCAUUUCGCUCUGCGACACCGAACAAGAGGGGCCAAUAUAGCGAUGCAGUUCUCAACGAGCUUGAGAGUCAGAACGAUGCGCAGGUGGAGGGUAUUCUGGGCAAGGUCAAGGUUCUCAAGGAUAUGACUGUCGCCAUCGGAGACGAGAUUCGCGAGUCCUCAGCGUUGGCGGAGAAGAUGAACGAUACUUUCGACUCGACUCGCUUGCGUCUCAGGGGCACUAUGAACCGCAUGCUUGUCAUGGCUCAGCGCACUGGUGUGGGAUGGAAGGUCUGGCUUAUCUUUUUCGCUGCAGUCAUCAUGCUCUUCAUUUACGUAUGGCUACUUUGA